GGGGCCUUCUCUGCAUUCCAUCAUCAUUUGUUCAGCCUUCGACCUCGUUUGUACUUGGUGAUUACUCCAAUCAUUGCGGGCAUAGCCGCCGCGGAGGAUUUUUUUUUUUCACGCCGGUUUGGUGGAGUUCAAUUCUCGACCCAGAAAAAUUCCACGUCAAGCUUUCUGUGCCUGGCCAAUGAUGGGGUCCAUGAUCUCCGCAAUUGUUGGUCCUGGUCGGGGUUAAUGGUCGUUUAUCACCGGUGGGCAAUCUUUUCUCUAGGGUAUAAUGCCAUGCCGUCCCCCUUUUUUGAUAGACCAUAUACCUAUUCCCAUCUCACCUUGGUACUUAUUGGAUUUCGAUUUGGUCUCAUGAGUAUUGAUCAUCAACGAACUCGUGACUAACUACAGGAUAUGUCCAAAGAGAUCGAUCAUGGCAAGUCGGAGUCCCUUCGUUCUCCCUCCACCUCCCACUCGCACAUUGAGUCGGAACUCUCACGGACAGACACUCAAUCGUCACGUCCUGGCCUAGCUCACUCAAUCAAGUCGAGGCUGCGAUCUCGUUCCAACGCCAGUGCCUCUCGUAUAGACAGGGUGUAUUCCGCUGGAUACUUAGAUGACCAAUCUGUCUAUCACAGCCAUGAUUCAACCGACGAGAAUGGCAGCGAACCGGUCCUGGAAGCUCGAGACGGUAUCGUCAAUGAGCGUGAUGUUGAUCUAGAACAAGGAGCUGCUGCGCAUCAAGGACUCGAGAAGUCCAAGACGGCACGGUCAGAUCGAUCACAGCGCGAUCCGUACUUGGUGACGUGGAGCGGAUCCGAUGACCCAGAUAACCCCAAAAAUUGGACCAACAAGAAAAAAUGGGCGGCUACCAUCACUGUCUCUAUGUUUACCUUCAUUUCGCCCGUUGCGUCCUCCAUGGUUGCCCCGGCCCUGCAGUCUCUGGCGGCAGAUUUGAAGAUACAUGACGAGGUCGUCAUUCAGAUGGCUCUGUCUAUUUUCGUGCUGGCCUAUGCUGUUGGUCCGCUGUUUUUAGGACCGCUAUCAGAAAUCUACGGCCGGGUGAUCGUCCUUCAACUCGCCAAUCUGGUCUACCUUGUGUUUAACAUUGGCUGUGCCGUCUCGCAGACCACCACACAACUCAUUGUCUGCCGGUUCUUCUCGGGGUUGGGUGGUAGUGCCCCGCUCGCUGUCGGUGGUGGCCUUCUGUCUGACUGCUUUCACCCGGAAGAGCGAGGCAAAAGCAUUGCCAUCUACAGUCUCGCCCCCCUCCUUGGCCCAGCUGUCGGGCCCAUUGCAGGCGGUUUCAUUGCCGAAAACACCACCUGGCGCUGGGUAUUCUACUCGACGUCCAUCGUGGAUGCCUUCAUUCAAUUCGCCGGUCUUUUCUUCCUGCGUGAGACGUACGGCCCAAGAAUCCUGCGCGAUCGUGCCAAACAGCUCCGCAAGGACACCGGCGACGAAUCCUACCAAACCGAAGACGAACGACAAAACAAAACCCUCCUUCAAGUCCUCCGCACAUCGCUCGUCCGCCCCUUCCGCCUCCUCCUCACCCAGCCCAUCGUGCAAGUCAUCGCCGUCUACAUGGCCUACAUCUACGGCAUCAUGUACCUCGUCCUCUCGACCUUCCCCACCCUCUGGACCAGCCCCGACUACUACAACGAGUCGACCGGCAUCGGCGGCCUCAACUACAUCUCCCUAGGCCUAGGCUUCUGGCUCGGCUCACAGCUCUGCGCCCCCCUCAACGACCGCACCUACCGCCGCCUCAAAGCGCGAAACAACAACAUCGGCCGUCCCGAGUUCCGCACUCCCCUCCUCUACAUCGGAGCGGUCAUUCUGCCCGCGGGCCUCUUCAUCUACGGCUGGACGGCCCAAAACCACGUCCACUGGAUCGCGCCCAACAUCGGCGCGCUCCUCUUCGGAAUGGGCAACAUCAUCACCUUCCAGUGUAUCCAGACGUACACGGUCGACGCAUACACGCGGUUUGCGGCCAGCGCCCUGGCAGCUAGUUCGUUUCUGCGCUCGCUGGCGGGGUUCGGGUUUCCGUUGUUUGCGCCUUAUAUGUACAAGACGUUGCAGUAUGGGUGGGGGAAUAGUCUGUUGGCGUUUAUUGCGUUGGGGUUGGGGAUUCCGGCGCCGAUUUUUUUGUGGAGGUAUGGGGAGAAGUUGCGGAAGAUGAGUCCUUAUGCGGCAGGAUAAUGCUGGCUUGGAUGAGGGGUAGUAGAAGGAAAUGAUUCAUGAUAAAAGUGCUUAUGAUGCGACAUAAUGGAUAAUGGGUUGCUAUGCAUAUAAUGGUCUAGGGGUUGC